GGGCGGGCGCCGCGCGGGGGAGGGGUCGCCGCCGCCACCGCCGCCGCCGCCGCCGCCGCCGGGAUCGUCAGGCCGGAGCCGCGGGCCGAGCGGGCGGCGGGAGGCUGGGCGGCGGAGGCUCGCGGCGCCCGGGCCGGCGGGGUCCGGCCGGGCCGGCAGCGUCCGCCGAGCGGCGGGAAGAGGGAGCGGCGCAGACAAAGAGCGGCGCCUGGGCGGGCGCGGCCGCCACCCGGGACCCGCGCCGCUGCCCUCCGGCCUCGGCGCGCGGCGAGAUCGCCUCUGCGCCUUUACUACGAGAGGUUUCCCAGAGCAGAGCCCUGUGGAGGUGGGAGUUGGGUUUGGGAGCCUGGAGAAUUGCCGCCGCUCCGUCCCUGCGCAGGUGUGAUCUGCUGGAGUCAUCGCCAGGGGUUCUGGUGUGGCCAGUCAUCUCGUAGCUGAGGCCAAGGGGGGACCACAUGAAAGAUGACAGAGGAGGUCAUCGUGAUCGCCAAGUGGGACUACACGGCCCAGCAGGACCAGGAGCUGGACAUCAAGAAGAACGAGCGCCUGUGGCUGCUGGACGACUCCAAGACGUGGUGGCGGGUGCGCAACGCCGCCAACAGGACGGGCUACGUGCCGUCCAACUACGUGGAGAGGAAGAACAGCCUGAAGAAGGGCUCCCUGGUCAAGAACCUGAAGGACACGCUAGCCCAGCGACUUCUCCGUGUCUCUCAAAGCGUCAGGGAAGAACAAACAUUUCAAGGUGCAGCUCGUGGACAGCGUCUACUGCAUCGGGCAGCGGCGGUUCCACACCAUGGACGAGCUGGUGGAGCACUACAAAAAGGCCCCCAUCUUCACCAGCGAGCACGGCGAGAAGCUCUACCUCGUGCGGGCACUCCAGUGACGCCUGCCGGGCCCUGCCGCCUCCAGCCCCGGUGCCGCCCUCACUUCCCCAGGAGAAGACGUGGCUCCUCUGCCCGGCCGAUCUGUCCAGGCCGUUCCUGCCUCCUGUCGGCCACCCCAGGCCCUCGCUCCGUGUCCCAGGCCCCCCUCCUGACCAGUGUGGAGAAGGGAGGGGGCGGGUUUGUUCUCUUUAUUUCUGCUCCGUUGGAAACAGCCUCAGUCUGUUCAACCUGUUCAUGCCGUCAGCACCGCGAUGAGACGACGCGGUGCAGCGGGAGGCAGGGAAGCUGCCCGGGAUGGAGUGACCCACAGCGCGCUCCCGGGGCCUCGCGAGCGCCGGGCUCUGAUCUGGCAGCGCAGGCGGAGGUCCCGGUCCCCAGCAGCCCCUGCUCAGCCCUUCGCCCUCCCCUGGCGCCCGGCUCUCCAGGAGUGGCCCGUCUGCGGGGAGCAAUCCCGGAGCCACCAGGGAGGCCGCAGCGAGGAAGCUGCCCAGUGCCUUUGGGGCUGUGCUUGCAAUAAGAAAGCGUUUCCGGAAGGUCCGUCUGCAGGAGGGACGGCCGCUCGGAAAGAGACGUUUGGUGACCUAUCCCCCGGUGUGCCAUCCACAUAGUGCUUUCCUCUUGCCUUUGGCUUAAGUUCACAGUUUUAAUUCUCAAAGUGAUAGGUAUCUGUAGCCAUUUGUUGACACUAAAACAGAUGAUUAAGGAAAACAGCUGAUCUUUUGGGAAGGGAAGCUACCAACACUUUACACACACACAAUAUAUACAUAUAUAUAUUUUAUAUAUAUAUAUUAUUUGCUUUACAGGGUUUUUCAGGGUGUACAAAGGAAUAUGUAAUUGGUAGGAAAAGACACACAGAAUGUUUGUUUUCUUUUUUCUUUACAUUUGAACUUCUUUAUAGUUUAAAUAUACUAUCUUGAGAUGGCACAUUCCUACAGUCAAAGAAGGGGUCUUGAGACCUCCUCAACUUGCAUACUCAGUUUUUUGGAUAUUGUAAUAAAAAAGUAUUACAACGAG